AGCGGAGAGAAGGCUAGUCGACAUGAGAGGCCGUCUACACUCUCGCGCUCGUGUCGCCUCGUCGAGAGUGUGGAUGGGCAAUAAAAAUAAUAAUAAAAUCGAUAAGUAGCAUAGUACGGUAAAACAACAAAGAAGAUUGUAUAGGCAAAGAAGAAAAAGUCAACUGACUAACUUGUCAUUCACAAUAUGUUUAUAAAUUUUUUUAACAAAUUUUAAAGUGUUUUAAUUCAAUUAAAAAUUCUAAGAAAUGUAGAACUAAUAUCCGAUGUCCGGGCCGCUGGGUGUAGGGAACUAUGCUUCGUUUAUCAUUUGGUUGGGUGUUUUAUGCAUUUAUGUGGCACUACUAACAAUAACAAUACUUGGAGUGGUCUUUAUUUUAAGGAAGCGCAGGUCAUCAAUACUUAAAAUUCAAAGACCACCUCGAACUCCAUUAUCUGAGCUUGAAUUCAAGGUUGCUACACCCACUGAAACAACAAAGAGCCGUCGCGUCAGUUUCUCAAAAAAGACUGGUGUAGCGGAAUUUGUUACGACAAACGAAGGUACUACAACUUGGAAAAAAUUCUACGAAGAGCACAACAAGUCGCUGGAAACCUCUGGAAAUGAUGCUCCAAAUUGUCAAAGACCUCAAUCUAUUGGUCAAUUAAGUAGACAUAUUUUUGACCAACAGUUUGAAGAAGUUGAAGCUAUAGAUUUUGGCGGAACAUUCCUCCCAACACAAACACUUGCACAACAAUUACAUAACUCCCUAAAUAUUAAUAUCACUCAGCAGCUGGCUGCAUUAGAAUGUACUGGGGAGAAACUUGCAAUUCCCCAACAAAACUUUGAACUGAGUGAAGUAACUGACCAGAGAAGCAAACUUUUUAAUGAUGAACUCACCGUUCCAGCUAUGGCAGAAAUGUCAAACCAAAUGAAUGUUGACUUUUCUGCUAUGCAUAGUAAAUGUGAUGAUCUAGAUGAAAUUCAAAAAGAUUUGAAUAGAGUGCAUCAAAAUGUUGUUGGACCUUCUAAUUUUGGAAAUGUCUCUGAAUAUAUAGAAGUUGACCUCAACAUGACCAGUGUUGGUUUAAGAAAUGAUGAUGAUAUGUCUAUAACUGAGACAGUUCAUAGCCCGAAAGUACAAGAAGUAGUGAAGUCUGCAUCAAAGAAAUCAAUUACAAAGUUCAGUUUAGAAGAUAAAGAGAAUAUAGCUAUUAAUCCAUAUGCACCAAUUUGUGAAAGUGAAAAUUUUGCAAUAGAGGAAAAAAAUGAAGUGUUAGUUUUUGAUGGCAAAAAAUUAACUGUGCAGAUGGAGAAAAAAAGUAUUUCUGCACCUAUAUCUGUAGAACCACGACCAAGAAAGACAAUAAUACUUAACACAGAUGAUGAUUUGCCUAAUUUCAUAUCAGAUCCAAAACCGUCUUUAAAAUUACAAGAAGUUGAUCAAGAAAACCUAGAAGAUGUGCCUAGACAUACGAGAAUAUUGUUUGAAGAUAAAUCCAUGAUACAAGCUUUGCCUGGUAAAGUUAUUGAAGAAAGGAGACAAACGGUUAUCUAUAAUAAUGACUGUAAUAUGUCUACAACUGAAGCUAUACCUGUAAACAUUAUUGAUCAGAAUGAAGCACAAUUUAAUGCAGAAAGAGGAAGGACAAUUAUUUACAAUGAUGACUGUAAUAUGUCUACAACUCAAGCUAUAUCUACAAAAAUAAUAAAUCAAGACCAAAACGUAGUGCAGAAUAAUGCUGAAAGAAGAAGAACUAUUGUCUAUGGUAAUGACUGUGAUAUAUCUAUGACACAAGCCCUGUCAAGUAAUGUAAUUAUUGAUGCCUACACUGCACAGGCAAAAGAAAAGAGACAAACAAUUGUCUUUGAAAAUGAUGGAGAUCUAUCAUUAACACAAGCUGUUCCAACUAUUGAAGUGAUACAUAACAAAGAAAAUACUUCAGAGGCUAAUGUAGAAAAGAGAAGAACUAUUAUUUUUGAAAAUGAUGGGGAUUUGCCGUUAACUAAGAAUAUUCCAACUAUAGAAGUUAUGCAUAACAAAGAAAAUCCUAAGGUAGAAAAGAGACGAACUAUUAUUUUUGAAAAUGAUGGAGAUUUAUCUAUCACACAAGCAAUUCGAACAGAUAUCCUAAAUACCAUAGAACCAGUAGAAACUAAACCAGAAAGAAGGCAAACUGUAGUCUUUGAUAAUGAUGGCGAUAUAUCUAUAACACAGGCUCUUCCUACAAAUAUAGUAAAUACCUUAAACAGAAAAAGUUUAGCAAAGCCUGAUGAAAAAAGAAAUACUAUUGUGUAUAAAAAUGAUGACAUAUCUACUGCGCAAGCUGUGUCUACCCAGUUAUUAAUAACUGAUAAUAAACAUGAAUCUACAAAUAAAAGAAGAACUAUUGUCUAUGAAGAUGAUGGUGAUAUAUCAAUGACGCAAGCUGUUCCAGCUAAAAUAUAUCAAGGUCACAAUAUUAUAAUAAAACCUGUUCCUAGUGAAAUUCCUUUAUCACAAACAGAUAUUAAUACUCAAAAUAAAAUGCUGAAUUAUGACGAUAUGGAUAUUUCAGUUACUCAAACACUACCACAAAACAUCCUGUCAAAGAGAAGAAUUAAUUGCAAUGAAGAUGACUUAUCUAUGGCACAAGUCAUACCGUCAGAUAUACUAAAUAAAAAUAAGACUGUUUUGUAUGACAAUGAUAUAGAUAUAUCUAUAACUCAAACAAUUCCACAGAGUGUCUUUAUAGCCCAGAUAGAAAAACAGAUACCUCUUUCUACUAAUGAGGUCACAAAAGAUCAAACACAAUCUGCACAGAUACUUCCCAGAAUUGAAAGUGCACUUUUACGGGAAUGUCAAUCUACAAUUCAAAAUGUCAAGAAUUUGCAAGCAGAAGCUAAAAUUGACAUUUGUGUUACCCAAUCAGAGAAUAACAUCACUGGAUCUAAAAUGGUAGAAUUAAAUAGCAAGGUUUUGCCAGAAAAUUUGGUAGAGAAUAUGGACACAUUCGAGAAUAUUCCAUCUCAACCUACGGACUGCAAUAUGUCAUUAGAUGAUGUUAAAAUAGAAGAUAAACAAUUUCAAAGUAAUAAUCCUAUUAAUGAGACAGAUAAAGUUGAUUACGGCAGUCUUUCACCUAAUAAACCUAUACCUGGUAAUAUUCUGACUCUAGAACAGAAUUUGGAAAAUAAGCAGAGAAAAUCACAACAUUAUCACGAGUCUCUAAGUGGCAAUCAAGCUUUCGUUUAUCAAUCUAUAACAGAUGUAAAAAUUUCUGAUCGAGAAGGGAAUGAAAGUUCAAAAAUAGUUACAGAAAAGCCAUCGAGAGAGUCUAUCAAAGAAAACUUAUUUAUAUCUGAGAAUAACUUACAUCAAACGGAAGUAUGUGAACCUUUAGAUAUUACCGAGUCCAUUGAUAGACAUAAACAAGUUGAAGAAAUAAUAUCAGAUUUUGAAAAGCCAAAGGUUUGUAUUACUGGAUCAGUUUCAUCUGAAAUUUCAACAAAAACUAAGAAAUCAAUAUUAAACGAAUUACUGGAUAUGUCGACAGGAUCAGAAGAGUGUUUUGAUGACAAAAAUAUCAAGGCCGUUACAGAAAGUAGAAGUGACGACAUGAAAGUCGGUAAAGAUGUACAAGAAGACAUAAAUAUUGCUGAAAUAAGAUCAAGUGAUGUAUUCAGAAUAACAAGAGGUAGUUUUGAUGAACCGGAAUUGGAAAAAUAUAAAACAAAGACAGAAAUUGUAGAGACGCCUGCGAUUGAGUUUGAAGAUAGUAACGUAGAUGAUUUAAAGAACAAAUUGCAAACUUUAAAAACUAUAUCCAAAAAUAGACAUUACGAACAAGUCGUUAGUGAAGACAUAAAAGAACCAGAGUUAAAUAAAACAAAUACAAGGAAAUCUUUUAAGAAUGCGGACGAUACACGGGAGUUAUUACAAAUGCUCUCCGAGUUCACUGAUCGGCCAUCUCUGCCACCAACUAUUGAAGAAGAUAUGUAUUUAAAUGAAGAGGAAAAGUAUGGAGAGACACAAACUGAGCCACGAAGAAUAAGUUUUGCUGCCAGCAGACGAUCUAUUGUUCUCAGCAAAGAGGAACAUCUUAAUAACAUUUCAAUGGCUCAGGCUGCACUGCAGGAAUCGCGUUACCUAGACGAAACUUUUGAUGAAGCGACUGAUAUGUCAAACGAAACAAUAGAUAUUGAGUACAGAGACCCGAAAUCUUUAAGAAUAAGUAGUGAUGUGGUUAAAGAGCUUAAAUAUGAUGACACAGAGGAUGAUGUAGUGAUUUCGCCGUUGAAGAAAACUGCGUUCGGCGAAACAACUUAUAUGAAUGAAAGUAAAGAAAAAUCUAAAGUUAUACCAACUUACGAUGUUACAGAUGGUAUUAAAGAGCUAAUGAAUGAUUUGGUUAAGCCAAUGGCUGAUAUUCUACCCUUCGAGGCUGGCAAUUUAGAUAGAUCAACGAAAAAAUCACCAUCAACAAUCAGUACACAAAUACAAGCUAAUCUUAUAACUUCGAGUCAAAUAGAUAUAGAUGUUGAACUACAAUCGACUCCAGCUUCAGUUGCGGACAUGGGUUCAUCAUUGCUUAACAAAGUUGCUUCUCUGGGUAGUAAAGCGAUAGCCAGCGUCUUUCCAGGACCAAAGUUAGAUGAUCAGAAACCGGAAAGAACUAAAUCCCCAAGAAAUCGACCAAGUGUGCCAGGACAUGUCCUUGUAUUCGAUCCGAGAAAUCCAUUAAACAAUGUUCUACUAUCUACUAGGGAUUACGAAAAUGUUCACUCGUACAAUCCUAUACGAUCAUCUGAAACGCUUCAUUCUGAACGAGAACAUUCCGUACAAUUCACUGACUCUAACGAAGAUAAUGGUAGAGUUGAAACUCAAUACAACGUUAACGUGUCAAUCGCAUCAGGCGACGCUGGCUCGCAAAUUAAUAGAAGCAAUACGUCCAUAAAGAGUAAACCACUGUCUAUAGAUAGAUCAGUAGAAAUGAAACUAAAUAUAAGAGAUAAUGAAAUUAAUACGGAAAUAGCUAUGAAACCGAAUUCAGAACUUUUAGAUGCACAUUCAUCGCUCACACUGGUGGAUGACGCGUUAGCUCGCAGCACUUUUGAUGUCGACUUAGAUACGCGCACACAAUCUGAUGUUAAUUCGCCGGUACGGGUUAUAUAUGAAAUGGAUGAGAACGGAUGUCUGUCGGAGAAGCUGGAUUCGGAUCCGACGUCAAACGAAGAAGAUGUAGAAGUCAAUCAUCCCAAGAAGCGUAGCCUCAGUCCCUGUGUGCCAAAAACAGAUUUGACCCCAAAGCCGCAAAGUAAAAUACAGAAAAUGUCAAACAGUCCGCUGCAAAGGACGAGAAGUAGUCCAAAGAAGCCGAUAACUGUUCAGGAGAUAAUGACAGAGUUCAAUAUUACUAAGAGUGAACAAAAUGCGAUCGUGAAACAAGUGAACAAGGCUGUAGAUUUUGAAAUGAGAAGCGUGACGUCAUACGAGAGUACGCAAAGCGCGAAGUCAGAGCGGGAAUUUAGCAGUGACUCUUCGAGGGUAGAUUUCAGAAGUAUUAGUGAACAAAGCUCGAAGAAUAUGUUCGAUAAUUGCGAAUCCAGUACCAACGUCGUCGCAAAGAUUGACAUGCUGCCGUUUAUGGGAAGUCGUGACUGCGAGUGGGAAUUGACUUCUGGUGACACGUGGUCCUUCCUGUUGCUUCGAUCGCGUGUCAGAGUGACUGUCAAACGAGAACAUAGUUAUUUCAACGCGUCAAGAACGAGUGUCAGAGCCGAUACACCGGUUAUCGCUGUAAAUGUCGAUAUGGUUCAUAAUGAUGAGAAAGACCCACUCAUCGCCCUCUGCCUACGUCUAGCGACGCAAUCGAUGCGUUACGAAUGUUCUCGCAAGUGUCAGACGGCUGGUGAAGUGCCGACGAUGCUAAGGCGUUGUGUGGCUGUGUCUAAAACUGCUGUUCAGUGGCUGAAAGCCAUGCGAGAUGCUAUGCUAAGACUGGCCUUCCAGGUGGACAGGGACGGGUGUCUUACUUUAAAGGUGGCAAACAUACGCCUCCGUUCCGUGUGGGAAGUGUCAAUGCGUAUAGAACUUACAGUGGAAGACGCACACGAGACUGCAUGGCCAUGCGCCAAUUCCAUUGGGAUUUCGACCAUCGUCGCCGAUGUGGAUGUGGCCGUUGAUUCCCUGAAUGGUUUAAUUAAGAAUGUGCCCCAUGAUUGGGGACAUGUUCCGAGGACCAUUUGGAAGCUCUUUAAGUACCUCAAAAAUAAGCCGCGAGAUGAUGAAUUCUACGGGUUUAAUAUAUUAAAUAUGGUGAAAUAGUUUUAUUUCCACUAUUUUUAAGCUGUGAACGAAGACUGAAGUGACGAAGACAUUAGUGGAAGAUUCAAUUAACAUGACAAUAGCAUAAACAGUAUACAUCUAUGAAUCUCAAUUUAUUCAGUGUGACAGUUGACAGUUGACAGCUUUGACAACUGGCAGGGCCAGACUAUAAAUUCCUAAAAACAAUUGACAGUUAUUGGCAAUAGACAAAAAUUGUAUUUAGACAGUUUGGGUUUUAGUUAAAUAAAAAUUGACGUGCGUAUGUUUAAUUUUUGUCAUUUUUGACGUAUGCAAAACACUAAGUUAAGUUUUGUUUCGGAAUCUUUAGAGUUUAAACUCGGCGAGAACUAGGACCAGUAUGUCAAGAUGUUUUGACAUAUGGAAGCGAUACUUGGCGCCAAGUCACGACUCUAAAUCCUUUAUAAUUUUAAAUUUGAAACCUAAAAAUCAAAAUGUUUCAGUAUAAAUUACAAAAACUCUGAAAAAAAAUCCCCAAUGUUCAAGAGUUGAAACUUAAAAUGUUGAAUGAAAGAUCGAAUUCUUAACUGUAAAAUUCUUUUCCGAAGCGCCAUUGCAAAUGAAAUAUUAAAUAUAAUUUAUCUCAAUGGUUUUUAAACUUAAUAUUUUGAUAAAAAUUUAAAAUAGGCAUUUUAGAAAGAUUAAAGUUAUUGCAUUGUACAAUUUUAGUUUUAAGGUUUUUCAAUACUGUAUUACUUUUACUACUACAAUUUUA